UCCGACUGCCACUACAUGGAAUGGAGGGCGUUAUUUAAUUUUAUUUAAAAAUAGCAAAAAAUUCAUUUCGGGUAACGGGAAGGUCUCGCGUUUGUUAGUGAUUUGCAUUUAUAUGAAAAAAAAUAUUUGAAAUGUUUUCCAGUGUGUCCAGGUCGUUAUUAUGUUGCACAAACGCAAUAGGUCCAAACAGGGCCCUGGCGUACAUCCUAACAAAGAACUCGAUCCUCGAACCUUCCUCGAUACAAUGUCGGGAUUACCACGAAGUAACCGGCAAUAUCAUUUGCCCGAAUGUUGUCCGAGGCAUCGACCACCUUAGAGAUCCUCGCCUUAAUAAAGGUCUCGCGUUUACUUUAGAAGAACGUCAGGCUCUGGGCAUUCACGGUCUUUUGGCGGCCAAAUUCAAAAGUCAAGAAGAACAGCUGGACAUUUGCAGGAUAUCAGUGGACAGAUACGAGGACAAUCUGAACAAAUAUCUCUACCUCGUCGAGUUACAGGACCGAAACGAGAAACUGUUCUUUAGACUUCUAGCCGAGAACGUCGAGAAGUAUUUACCGAUAGUGUACACUCCGACCGUUGGUCUGGCCUGUCAGAGGUUCGGCCUCAUAUACCGAAGGCCGAGAGGUCUCUUCGUGACUAUCAACGACAAAGGCCACGUGUUUAACAUUAUAAAAAAUUGGCCAGAACCUGAUGUCCGAGCGAUUGUUUUCACCGAUGGCGAGAGAAUAUUGGGCUUGGGUGAUCUCGGAGCGUACGGUAUGGGGAUUCCAGUGGGAAAGCUGUCGCUUUACACAGCUCUGGCCGGGAUUAAGCCACACCAAUGCUUACCGAUUACGCUGGACGUCGGAACGGACAAUCAGGACCUUCUAGAAGAUCCUCUAUACAUCGGUCUGAGGCAGAAACGUGCCAGAGGAAAGGAAUACGACGAGUUCAUCGAUGAGUUCAUGGAGGCCUGUGUACAGAGAUACGGACAGAACACUCUGCUCCAAUUUGAGGAUUUCGCGCUUCCGAAUGCCGGUCGGCUCCUGAAGAAAUACCGCAAUAAAUACUGCACGUUCAACGACGACAUCCAAGGUACGGCCAGCGUUGCGGUCGCCGGUCUGAUGGCGGCCGUCAGGGUCACGAGGAGGAAGCUCAGUGAGAACAUUUACCUUUUCCUCGGUGCUGGAUCUGCAGCUAACGGCAUCGCGAACUUGACUGUGGCCGCCAUGAUGGCGGACGGACUCUCCGAGAGGCAGGCCCGCGAGAGAGUGUACAUGUUCGACGUCGACGGACUAUUGUCUACUCGACGUGAAGGAGGGGUUCCGGAGCACGCCAAGGCCUUCGGGAAGGAUAUCGAACCGGAGAAAGACUUCGAGGCCUGCGUUGCCAAGAUCAAGCCUAGCUGUCUUAUUGGCUGUUCAACGGUGGGCGGCGCUUUCACGCCCAAUGUAUUGAAGCAAAUGGCGAUGAACACCGAGCGACCCGUCAUAUUCGCUCUCUCAAAUCCGACCAGUAAAGCUGAGUGCACAGCCCAAGACGCCUACGACCAUACCGAAGGUCGUUGCAUAUUCGCGUCCGGCUCCCCGUUCCCGCCGGUGAUGUACAGCGGCCGGGAGUACCGCCCGGGACAAGGCAACAACGCCUACAUCUUCCCCGGCGUAGCGCUCGGCGUCAUCGCCACGGCCACGCAUCACAUCUCCGAGAAUAUGUUCCUGACGGCGGCCAGGACUUUGGCGAACUACGUAAGCGAGUCGGAUCUAUCCAUCGGUCGCAUUUAUCCGUCGCUGGCUGAAGUGAAAGAAGUGUCCGUCGCUAUCGCCAUCGAAGUCGCUAAGACCGCAUACGACGAAGGUCUUGCUUCAGUGUAUCCAGAGCCUCGCGAUCUACCGAAGCACGUACAAAACCAAAUGUACAGCUAUUAUUACGAAUCUGCAAUGCCGGUGACCUGGGAUUGGAAGCCCGAGGAGAAAUUCAACGUUAGACCCAUCCAACCUGUACCGAAGAACAUUUAAACCUAAACUACCAAUGUAUUAUUAUUCUAUUCAAACAUGGACACGUACAGUCGAGCAGUCAAGUACUUAAUAUUUAAAAAAAAACUGUAAUAUUGAAUUUUAAUCAUUGAUUUUUGUUUAAUGUUCACAUUUUCUGGCUUGACUGUACAUUAAAUAUAUUAUAAUGACAUUUGACGUCUAUUGUCCAAUGUUUUCAGGAUUAUUUUAUUUAAGAUUGUGACUGUACUAACUUGUGCUAAGUGUACAUUAUCGGAGUGUUCAUUACAUUACCCAUUUUUUUAAUGAAAAACAACACAAAGUAUUUUUACCUCUAACGUAUUAUUUAUGUUAUUUUUUUAUGAUAUAAGCAAUGUUAAUAUAAGCGUUAACCCAGUUUAAGAACGCAAUUAGCAAAUUUUAGUAAAAAUAAAUAAAAAAAUAUUGAAUUUGUAGUUUGAAGAACUUGUAUGUGUGAGUAGUUUUAGAGUAUGUUGUAUGUUAAAGUUAUUUAUUAAAUCUGAGUUUUGAUUGUUGAAAAUCACUAAAAUUUAUUUGCACCAUAAAUAAUUAACUUGCGUCGAUAUAACAAAAAUGAUCCGAUGAAAUGCUUAGAAUAUUUUUAUCACUCAUUUUAUUUUUAAGUUGUGAAUGCUUUUUUUUUAUUAACUUUUUCGCUUCCAAUGUACCUUUGAAAUACGUGAUGAACAGAGAGAACAGUCUAGUCACCGCAUGAAAGAAAAAAAAAACUCGCAUGUCAUCUUAAAACCGGUAUUAAUCAAAACUAUAAAUUUUAAUAAAUCGUAAGAACGAAAUGAUAAAUCGUAUUUAAAUACGUAGAUAAACAUUAUGAAAUCGAUUUGAAUCUUAAUCGAACAAGAGAGUUGCCAACAUUAAAAAAGGUCCUCAAAACCUAGAUGAAGUUUCAAACGAAAGUAUGUAUAUAUAAGACAUUUUCUUAAAAUAAAAUAGUAUAUGUAAAUUUGAAAAUAAAAAUGAAAACUGCAAUUUAGCUGUUUACUUAACUGAUCUUGCUUAUUAUGAUGAAAAUUAUGCAAUAAUCGAUAGUACGACUUAAGAUUUGUUUUUUUUAAGUAUUUUUGAAUUCAGUAUUUUGUUAGUGAGACAAAAAUCUUUCGCUGAGCGAAGAAAAAUAAUCUUAGGUAGUUAAUUCAUAUUAUUUAUCACGUAUCAUCCGAUACGGUGUGAUUACGUUGCUGUGAAGAUGUAUAUUAUGAAAUAAUCGAUUUCAACGUAUUGCUUAUUAAAAUUAUUAAUUAGUAUUAUAUAUUUUUUUUGUUUUUUUUACUCUGCCUAUUUGGAAUUUGUCGUCUUUUUUUCUUCUUCAUAGAUCUUGAUUCUUUACUCUCAGGGUCAUUUACAUUUCAGUAACUUUUUGUAGGUCAAUUAAAGUGUUUUAAUUCAUCCCUUUAAUGUGAGUGUAACUGCUUCUGUGUACGAGUAUGCUGUACGGUUAGUUGAUUGAAUUGUUACGAAGAAAUUAUAGAUGUUACUGAUUAAAAUGUUCGAAAGCAUAAA